GCAAGGGGUUGGGAGAGCCGUUGAACUAGACAUUACAAACGGAAAGACAAGAAACAUGCCGCUGCAGGCCAGUUUCUGGCGUGGUAAUCGCACCAACUUACCAGAGCCUACGAAAAUUGUUCCAUUUGCUGGUCGCAUCGGUGCCAAUCAAGAAUUUUCCGUUGACAAGCACAGCUGUGCCCAGAAGGAGCUAUUGCAGAAGUUUCCCGAUGCAGCCCCGUGGAUCCCCCUCCGCGAUGCUCUUUCCCUCAGGAAUAUUCUACAGAGAGAGUUGUGGAAGGGCGCAGUUGUCGAAGCUAUCGGAACGUGUCUGUUAGCAUACCUGACAUGCUUCGUAGCCAUUGGACUAGGCAAAGUGGUAGAGUCAUUUCAGUCCGGUGCACUAGUUCCGAGUCUUCUAGGGGGUGUGAUUGCUAUGUUCACCCUACCACUCUUCAUCUUUGCAGCUGGCCCGGUGUCUGGGGCUCACCUAAACCCCACCAUCACCAUGGCUACCUUUUUCGGUCGACUGGCAACACUUUCACGAUGUAUCCUUUACAUCGCAUUUCAGACGUUUGGUGGAGCAAUCGCUGGCUGGCUGCUACGCGCCAGUUUCAACACGCGAUCCUUUAUUGUCCCCGGCUGCUACCUGGACCUCAGCAAGGUCUCCCUAGGUAGUGCCUUCGCCAUCGAGUUCACCACCGACUUAGCCUUGAUAUUUCUUUCUUUCGGCGUUGGGUUAGAUCCCCGACAGCGAGAGGUUUUUGGACCGGCCCUGGGUCCUAUUUUCGUAGGCAUCGUGCUAGGCGUGUGUACAUUUAUGACUGGGUUCAGUGUUCCCGGGUACACUGGAUUCUCAGGCAAUCCUGCUCGAUGCUUUGCAGCUAUGGUCGGUUCUCAUUUCGUCUCGUACCACUGGAUCCACUGGAUUGGGCCCUUGGCGGCAGCUAUAUCCCACGGGGUUCUCUAUCAGCUAGUUCCACCGUAUUCACGUGAGAGAAUGGCUUCGGAUGGCGAGUCUACUGCUUGACUGGAAACUGAUUGAUGAACCUAAACAUACGCUGUCAACUUUCAUAGCUAAUCAGCUGGUGUCGCGUGUACCGCAGCGAUUGACGUGGUGGUACAUUGUAUAGCCUCAUGUUUUCUUGAAUCACAGCUGCGGGUUUAUGGAGUCUUUGUUUCUCACUGGGUGUCUUUGGUUCCGUCUCAUGAUAGCAGUCGACCAAUAUAUAUAUAUAUUCUAAAUCAAGCCAGCAAAAUCAAUU